AUGAGGAUGGGUGAGUUCCAGGGCUCCUCCCUGUACCUGAACUUCCAGCCCUCCUCCUCGUGGAGGGUUGUCCCCUUUCAGGAAGACCGCAGAGGAGACCGUGUGGGUAUCACGGAGUCACCUCGCCACCCGUCCUCUGAUGCCCCGUCCUCGCCUGGGCGUCGGCCCCUGGGACUGAGGGCUGUCAUCUCCCUCCACGUGGUGACGGAGCGGCCUGAGUGCCUCGCGUCUGAGACCAAGCAGCUGACGCAGGAUGACGACACCGACGAGGUCGAGAUCGCUGUUGACAACACAGCUUUCAUGGACGAGUUCUUCUCCGAGAUCGAGGAGACGCGCGUCAACAUUGACAAGAUCUCCGAGCACUUGGAGGAAGUGAAGAGGCUCCACAGUGUCAUCCUGUCUGCGCCCAUCCCCGAGCCAAAAACCAAGGACGACCUGGAGCAGCUCACGACCGAGAUCAAGAAGAAGGCCAACAAUGUGCGGAACAAACUGAAGAGCAUGGAGAGGCAUAUUGAGGAAGACGAGGUGCGGUCGUCGGCAGACCUUCGGAUUCGGAAAUCCCAGCACUCCGUCCUGUCCCGGAAGUUUGUGGAGGUGAUGACCAAGUACAACGAGGCCCAGGUGGACUUCCGUGAGCGAAGCAAAGGGCGGAUCCAGCGGCAGCUCGAGAUCACCGGCAAAAAGACUACCGACGAGGAGCUGGAGGAGAUGCUGGAGAGCGGGAACUCUGCCCUCUUCACCUCGGGGAUCAUCGACUCUCAGAUUUCCAAGCAAGCCCUCAGCGAGAUCGAGGGCCGGCACAAGGACAUCGUGAGGCUGGAGAGCAGCAUCAGGGAGCUUCACGACAUGUUCAUCGACAUCGCCAUGUUGGUGGAGAACCAGGGGGAGAUGUUAGAUAACAUAGAGCUGAAUGUCAUGCACACGGUGGACCACGUGGAGAAGGCUCAGGAGGAGACCAAAAGAGCCGUCAAGUACCAGGGUCAGGCCCGGAAGAAAUUGGUAAUUAUCAUUGUGAUAGUAGUUGUGUUGCUGGGCCUUUUAGCGUUGAUUAUCGGACUUUCCGUUGGGCUGAAGUAAGGGCGGCCGUGCUGACAUGUGUGUGGCUGAGUCUUACUGUCACUCUUCACCGUCACCCGGGGUGCUGACCCGACCAGCAUCUCCCCCCGCCCCGCCUGUCGUAGAGCCCGGUUUCACCCCAGCCUGGUGUGGCCGCCACCCCUGCCUUCAGAUGGGAGCAGAGUGUGAAUGGCCUUCCUGAGAGAGGGAGCCCCGUUCCUUUGUUUCCCUGUAACCACCCCUGGGCCUGACCUGGCAAACGGUCUCGCCCGGGAGGAGCCUGAGCGCCUCACCACCUUUCCUACCCCACCGGCUCUGAAGCGCCUCCUCCGGGACUGUAGGAACCACACCGGC